UGCUGUGCAGAGUUAGAAUCUGGCUAUGGUCUGCUGCCCACCUCAGCUGAACCUGUAAAAAGGGAGCAGCUCCAUUGCUCUAAAAGGCCGUGGAGUGAAGGACCCUCGUAUCUUUUGUCCUGGCACAGUUCCCCUCUGCUAGAUGCUCUGACCUUGGAAACCUCCUGCCCAAAUAACCCCCCUAGGCACAGCUGGGACCGACCUUGCAGGCAGCUCCGCACCUUUGGAAGGGGUGACCUGGGACAUGUGUCCACAUCAGAUGUGACAUCAGAGGCCUGCAGGUGGAAAAUAUGCUCUGCUGGUGACUGCACUGAUGCAGACCUUCCUGUUUCCAUUACAAUGAUGGACUCUUCACUCACUGAGCUUGACCGUGCGGACUCAACGCUACCAGCCAGUCUGAUCCCAUCCAGCGAUCACUUUGCUUCAACCCAAGAAGUUCUUGCGUCCUCUGUGGAAGGCGCGGCACCAGUGACGGGGGGCUGCCUUGUUAUGGAGGAAAAAUCACCCAAGGGCUUACGUGAGGGAGAGGAAGAUGUGCCGACUUCCGCAGGCACGGAGAAAAACAGCGGCAAGGACGCAGCUGGUCCUGUGUCAGGACCCCUCAAGAAGGAAUUCUGCCCCGUGCCAGAGGAGCACAAACCUGCACCUCAAAAUGUUUUAAAGCAAGACCCGGAGGUGGACCAGGAUAAGAAAAAUAACAAAGAGCAGGGUGAGGAAGCACCAACUGUGGCUCCCAGUAGGAAAGGGAGUUCACCCGCUGCAGGUGGCAUUAAAGGAGAUAAAACGAAGCAAAACGAGCUUGAAUCCCCUAGUGAGAAGGAAGUGGAGGCUGAGUUUCUGAGGUUGUCUUUAGGUUUUAAAUGUGACUUGUUUACCUUGGACAAGAGGGUGAGGCUCGAAGAAAGGUCCCGAGACUUGGCUGAAGAAAACUUGAAAAAGGAGAUCACAAAUGCUGUGAAGAUGCUGGAGGCUUUAGUUCCUCUGUGUGAAGAAGACAACCAAGCACAGGAGAUCAUUAAGAAGCUGCAGAAAAGCUUGCAGUUCCUCAGCCAGUACGCAGCCCGAGUGGCCAGCAGAGCAGAGAUGCUGGGAGCCAUUAAUCAGGAGAGCCGGGUCAGCAAGGCUGUGGAAGUAAUGAUCCAGCACGUGGAAAACCUGAAGCGCAUGUACGCGAAAGAACACGCGGAACUCGAGGAGCUGAAACAGGUCCUGCUCCAGAACGAGAGAUCCUUCAGCUCCCUGGGAGACAGAGAUGAAUCUACAAAUAAAAAGCUACCGAGUCCUUUUAACUUUAAGCCAUCGUCAGCCCUGAGGAGAGUUAGCAUUGCAACAGUGCCCAGGAGCGCUGGGAAUGCAGGGAUUGGGUUGCCACUGGCCCAACUCCACGACCCCGACGGAGAUGAGCGGAGUGAGAGGUUCAACAGGAGAUCAAGCAGUUGGGGGAAACUUGGGGCGAAGCAAAGAAAGCGUCCUUCGCUGCAGCGGUUCCUCAGCACCUACUCCUGGGCAGAGUACGAAGAGGAGCACUUUGCAACGAAAAAUGAGCAGUCAGAGUCUCCUGCUGAAGCACAGGAACAACCCACCAGGAAGGAAAGUGUCUCUGAGAAAGGAAAAUAUUCAUCAAAAUGGACCCUGGAGUCAGUGUGCAACCUGAUGUCAUCGUGGGCGUCCCACCUCAAGGCUUCCUUUUCCAACGCCAACAAAACCCUCUGGGUCUCCGUCUCCAUCCUGGUGCUCCUGGCUGCCCUCACGAGCUUCCUCACAGGGCUGUCCCUCCAGAGACCUGCAGAUGCAGCACCUGUAGGAACUGGGGACUCCUGGACGUCACUGCAGCAGCUGCUGUGGCCCUACACGAGGCUCCAACACAACGGGCCUCCCCCGGUAUAACCGAGGUUCUGACUUCUUGCAGCUGUGCUUCCCAGUUACUUUCCAAGAAGCUGAGAUAGUUUAUUUAAGGUUACACGUUUGGAUUUGUUUUGUUGGGUUGUGGGUAUUUUUUGGGGAGAUUUUUUUUUUUUUUUUCCUCUAGAGCAUGACUUGAAAUGAAAAUGUGUAUAUAUAUAUAUAUUCCCCCUCCCCUAUUCUGACAAAAGUCAUCUUUACCAGUAGCUAAGAGGGUCUCAGUUCUGUUCAGGUUUACAAUUUGAAAGCAGCUAACAAUAAAUACGACUAAGUGGUCCUGGCCACAAGAGAAUAAAGAACUUACGUUGCCUGAACAAAGGGAAAAUUGUUUGCAUUUUAGUCAUCGGAGCUGUUUCAAUGAUUUGAACAGAACAGGGUUCUAGACUUGAAAUGUAACUUUACUGAGAACUUUUGAUAAUAAAGUUUUAAAAGAAAA